AUGUCGGAUGAAAAAAAGGGAGAAAGCGAACACAUCAACUUGAAAGUAUUAGGUCAGGAUAACGCUAUUGUCCAGUUUAAAAUUAAAAAACACACACCGCUCAGAAAACUGAUGAAUGCAUACUGUGAUCGAGCGGGUCUAUCAAUGCAAGUGGUCAGAUUCAGAUUCGAUGGACAGCCCAUUAAUGAAAAUGACACACCAACAUCAUUGGAAAUGGAAGAAGCAAACACCGCCCAGUAUGCUCAUUAUGUAUUCAAUACUUUGGAUCAAGACAGAAGCGGGCUGUUAAGUUUUGAGGAAUUCGUUACCGGUUUAUCAAUAUUAUCUAGAGGAACAUUGGAGGAAAAACUGCGCUGGACGUUCUCCCUGUACGAUAUAAAUGGGGAUGGAUUCAUAACUAAAGAAGAGAUGACUGAGAUAGUAGCGGCAAUUUACGAUCUUAUGGGAAAAAUUGUAGAGCCAAUGAUUGAUGAUGAAGCAGUUCGAGAGAAGGUGGAGCGGCUAUUUCAAAAAAUGGAUUUAAACCGUGACGGUGUCCUAACUCUCGACGAAUUUCUAGACUGCUGCCUCCGAGAUGAAGGUAUUUCUCGGUCCAUGGGCGUCUUCGACAGCAACUUCUGA